AUGGAAGCCCAAAGAGGAGGCGGUCGAUUCCGCUUCCAAAGGUUUGGUGGAUUCCGCCCUCCCUUUUUUGAAGGUGGAUUUAUUGAGGGAGGAGGCUUCCCCGGAGGUCCCUUCGGAGGAGGUCCCGGUGGUCUAUUUGGAGGGGGCCCCGUCAUUCCCUUUAGAGAUGGUCCCGGUGGCCUCUUCGGAGGCGGCCCAGGUGGUCCGGGAGGUCCUUUUGGGGGUGGUCCAGGGGGCCCAUUUGCAAGAGGUCCAGGCGGUAUAUUUGGAGAGGGCCCCGGGGGUUUUGGGCCCCAGUUUGGAGGUGAGACGCUGACACAGGGAGGAAGCGGAGUUGGUGAAGGGGUAGCGAGCAUUAACCCGUUUGAGAGGCAGAUGACGUUCGAACAGAUUCGUGAAAUGAACGGCAACAUGCCGGUGUUUGGCGGUGCAGGUAUAGACCGCAGUGACGGAACCCGCUCGCUCGACGGGUGGGAAGGUAACCCAGCCACACUCGGCACCAUGACCCCUAAUAACUUCUCCCCGGUCCGAUAUCCCACCAUCCUCGCGGCGAGUGCAGAACAACAUACUAGACACGACACAAGCUCACGUCAAGUUGCAUCAAAGGCAAGAAGCGGUGCACAAGAAUUAACACAAGGACAACAUCUCUUGGAGGAAGUCCUGCCAUCAGUCGUUGUGCGCAAUGCGCAGGCAACAGAUCUUCCGGUUGUCGUGGUGCGACAACAUCCACGGGGUGGGGUAGGUGGAGUGUUCGGACAGGCAGGCGGUCCGGGUGGUGCCGACGCCCAGUUCGCAGAUCCAGUUACAGGCCGCCCUAUGCAGGUCAUACCGACAGGGGUCGCCACCGCGGUGCGCCAGGCCCGCACUGGGGGACCAUUCGGGGAGGGCGGAGUUCAAGGUCAGGAAGUUCAGCCAGGAUUUGGACAAGGCGGGGUUCAAGGUGAAUUUGGAGGGGGUCAAGGAGGACAGCGGUUUGGUCAGGGCGGCGAAGCUAACUUCGGUGGAGCAAACAACCCGCCCGGUGUAUUUGGCCCUCAAAAUGAAUUUGGGCCACAGGGGGGAUUCGGACAACGGGGCGGUUUCGGACAAAAUAUCGGUUUUGGGCCACAAGGCGGUUUUGGACCGUUCGGACCCCAAGGUGGAUUCGGUCCAACAUUUGAGUUCGGACCACAGGGCGGUUUUGCACCCAACAACGCUUUUGGACCCCAAGGGGGAUUCGGGCAACAAGGAGGAUUUGGUCAACCAGGUGGUUUUGGGCCCCAAGGGCCCGGUGGGCCCCAAGGACCCGGUGGGCCCCAAGGACGCGGUGGGCCCCAAGUAGAAUUCGGCCAACCAGGGGGUUUUGGCCAACCAGGUGGUUUUGGACCACAAGGACCAGGUGGGCCUCAAGGGGAAUUCGGCCAACAAGGAGGAUUUGGCCAACCAGGUGGAUUUGGGCCGCAAGGUCAACGUGGAACACAAGUAGAAAUCGGACCGCAAGGAGGAUUUGGACCACAAGGGGAAUUCGGAGUGCAAGGAGGUUUUGGUACUCAGGGAAGAUUUGGACCCCAAGGAGCAGGCGGCAUUCAAGGCGACUUUGGAACGCAAGCAGGGUUUGGGCAGCAAGGAGGUUUUGGAGCGCAAGGAGGAUUUGGAGCGGAAGGAGGAUUUGGGCCUCAAGGCUUAAAUGAAGUCAACCAGCAGGGUGCCUUCAACCAACAAGGCAAUAAUGGGCAAGGUUUUACCCAGCAAGGUGGGUUUGGCCAACAAAAUAAUCAGCAGGGCUUCACACAACCGGAUUUCCCAAGCGGCGGCGGGCAAACAAGUUCGGGCUCUUCAUUCAGCAGACCUGACAGUGGAGCCAACAGACCUAACUCCGUGACAACCGGAAGUGGUACCGGGGCGCCCGGAACCCCGGGAGGGCCGGACCUGGUGGUACUACAGAUGGAGGACCUUAGGGACCCUAACAACCUUCCCGCCAUCAUCCGGACCCUUUCCAACAUAGCUGGUGUUCAGCCAGACAACUUCACUCCGUAA